UCAACGCAUUUAAAGUGGACAAAAUAACACAAGCGCCCCCUGGCGGUCGGAGGUGAAACGAACAGCGCUGAAAGAUGGAACCGUUGUUCAGCCCGGCGCUUCACAAGCAACGACGCCAAUUUGUUGUUGAUUUUGUGAGGGAAAACAAACCUAAGAAGGUGGUAGAUCUUGGCUGUGGAGAAUGCAGCCUGCUGAAGAAGCUCAGGUUUCACCACGAAAUCGAGCUUUUGGUUGGAGUGGACAUCAACGAAGCCAAAAUCAAGAGAUACAUGCAUGGAUUAGCUCCCAUAUCGACUGACUACCUGCAGCCCAGCUUUGAUUGGCUGAGCAUAGAGCUAUAUAAAGGUUCUGUCACUCAAAGAGACUCUCGUUUCAAAGGAUUUGAUCUGGCAACUGCGAUAGAGGUCAUUGAACACCUGACUCCUGCGGAUGUGGAGCACUUCUCUGCAGUAGUUUUUGGUUACAUGAGCCCCGGGGCAGUUGUGAUCAGCACUCCAAACUCUGACUUCAACCCCCUUCUGCCUGGACUGUCGGGAUUCAGGGACAGAGAUCACAAGUUUGAGUGGAGCAAAGCAGAGUUUAGAUCCUGGGCAUUGAGGGUGUGUUCAGAAUAUGGAUAUGAAGUGGAGUUCACCGGUGUUGGAAAAGCUCUGCACAGCCAGCAUGACAGUGUCGGCUUCUGCUCCCAGAUCGGCGUGUUUCACCGGCUCAGGGUUAGAGAUCACCACAACACAUUUAGUGAUGACGAGGAGGUUUUCUCAUACACACUGCUUUACCACAUAAACUACCCCAGCCUGCGCGAUAACAACACCCUCCGGAGAGUCCUUGUGAGUGAAGUGCUGUACCAGGUGGAACAGCUGAAGGUUCGAUGGGCAGAGGAGAACUCUGGGGGGGGAAAUGCUGCUUUUCCUCUUUGUCAGAUCUGUGAAGAAAUGAAGGAACUGCAGAUAGAAGCACAUACGGAGGUGGAGGAGAAGCAAAAAGAAGCGGAGGAGCGUUUAGGAGCAUGUGCAGAGCAGCCUCUGUGGACAAGCAGCCUACACCAUCAGGAUCUGUUGAACAGAUACGUAACUGUACCGUUGUCUUCACUGUGGUCCCACUGUCCUAAAAUCAAGAAGCUGAGUGGAAGUCUGGUUAAUCUAAGACAUCUUCUGAUGAAUGAGCCUGCAGUCAAACUGAGUGACGACGGCAGAACUGUACUUGUAAAGUAUCAGGAAGAAGAUGAGGAAGAAGAUUUUGACUUUCAUUUGGAGGACGGCGGCUUGACAGAAGUCAGCUGUUGCUCCGACAGUUUUGAGCAAGAAGAGAACUGGGAGACAAAUAUUUAAUCUGGAGGAUUUCACUUUAUCCGGAUCGGUGUUCAAGUCAUCAGUUUUUCUUGACAUUUGUUUCAGUUAAAUGUCAGAAAAGUAAAUCUGACUUCCACAAAAAGGUAA